AUGGACAAACUGGACUUAUUUAAAGGGCAAAUUGUACUUCUCGAGUUGGAAGAAGAAUGUGUAAUUGGCGAGAUAUUACACAUCGGGGCAAAAAAGUCAUUUGUGCGGUUGCAAAACGUUCGCGACUUUCAAAGUAAUUUACCGAUUUGUGGCAAUCAAGACUAUUACAGCUCCGAAAUUAGAAACAUUAAGAUCAUAGAACAGAGUAACCCAUCUGAAACAAACAGUACGAGUGAGAUUGUAUCAUCGAUUGCCGCUCUGUCUAUCACCCGUAUUGAUCUGGAAGAUGUUCAGCAGAUAUUCGAUCAAAUAACUGCUCACGUUUUCAUACAUCAAACCGACAUAAAAUACCACGACGCAAUAAAAUACUUGAAAACCCAAAAACUAAUUGCUUUGGCCAUGGAAGGGAUUGCUGGUGGUCGGCAUGCCACCGCACCAUCGCUACUGUCCAUUGCCACCACGGAGAGAAUCUACGUGUUUGACGUCAUGUGGAUGAAUAUAACGAAUGACCUGAAAGCGAUUCUGGCUAGUUCGAAGGUUCGUCGUGUUGUUCACAACGGUCGAUUGUUAGAGGAUGUGCUGAAACAUCGAUAUGGAGCUCCUCUGGGAAAGUGCUUCGAUACGUUGGUUGCUCAUAUUGCCACAACCGAAAACUACGACGACCGGAACGAGCUAACCAUUCAACAGUGUUUGUCUAAGUACUUGAAUUUACCGAGCAACUUUUUCAAUGGAACUGUAACAUUUGCCAAUCGGCCGUUGAAUGAUAUCCAGCGCAAGGCAGCUGCCAAAAAUGUCGCCUUUCUACUAACGUUACAGGACUACCUCGUUCACGAAGUGAUGUUGGAGUCAUUUUAUCGCAGCUGCAACCGAUAUGGAACAAGUUUAGCUGGUGGGGAUGAACACUUCACGAGUAUUAUGAAACUAUCCAAAGGACGAAAUGAAGAUUUGAUCGAAAUUGACCGGUUUAAAUUAAACAUCAUAAAGCGCCCCAUCACGAAUACGAAUGUACUGCCGCGGUCUAGAGCUGAGUGAGCUAGUAAUGUUGAUUUUUGUUUCAUUAAAGUGUGUGUGUUUGACUGGUCAUUA